AUGAGUCCUGUUUCUACUUCUAAUUAUAAUGAUUAUUUUGUGAGCCUUUUCAAUUAUUUGCAGAGUGCAGCAGAGCCUGCUGUUACAGUGGAGGGGAAGACUGUGGAGGGUGAUCCUCAACUUAUUGAUGAUUCCGAAUUUUAUCAUAUACUUCUCAAGGAUUUUCUCGAGUCAUGUGAUGGAGCAUCUGAGUCUGCAUUUUAUGCUCUAAGAAAGAAGCAGCACAAGAAGAGAAAACUCAUCGACCGCCGUGCUUCGAAGAGCAGAAAGAUAAGGUAUAAUGUCCACGAGAAGCUUGCCAACUUGAUGGCCCCGGUUCCAAUAACCGUUCCCCGGCCCGAUGGCUUCGAAAUUGUUCAAGAAUCUGUUUGGAAUGGGCAACCAGAACCAGAAGGCAACCGCAUCAUGAUUUAAGAGGCGAUGAUUCAAAGUUUGGACAUCAGGAGAAGGUUCAGUUGGCUGGCUUUUUCCUGCAGUUUUGAAUUGUAAAAUGUAAUGGCCGUACUCGUA